AUCCGCCCCAGUUUUCCGGACAGGACAGGACUGACAGUGGGGAUAAAACAGGCCUCGAGAGUCUUGGGAGCCACUGGCCUGCAAAGCCUCGGCCCCAACUGCCCUUGCACUCUCGGCUCCUGCUGGCACCUGCUGGACAUGAGGCUUCGAGUGGGUGCGGGCGCCCCCAGGCCCCUGCCCAGCUCGGGGCUCCUGCUCCUGGGACUGCUGCUCUUGCCAGCUGUGGUCGCCCUCCCCAGAGUGGACCCAGAAGAUGAGCACCUGCGCUGCGUGUGCGUGAAGACCACCUCCGAAGUCCGUCCCAAGCAUAUCCGCAGCCUGGAGGUGAUGGGUGCGACAGUCCACUGCCCCGUUCCCCAGAUGAUAGCUUCUCUGAAGAAUGGUAGGAAAAUAUGCCUGGACCUGAACGCCCCCCUGUAUAAGAAAAUACUCCGGAAGCUUUUGGAGAGCUAGCUACCAGCUGCCUCACUCUGUACAGUUGCAACGCAGCAUGUUUUCUGUUUUAUUCAUUUUCAAGCUAAUGGUGGAAAAAUCUCCCGAUGUUUUUUUUUUUAUUGCCCUCCAAGUUCUAAAUAAAUAAAAUAAAUCGA